AUGCGCGGGAUGUCAGGAAAUCAAUUUUUUCUAAAGUAUUACGACUGCUCUGAAGAAGAAAUAAAAUUCAUCAAAUUUUUUAAAGGUUUAGCUCCCAUUCAAUUUGUUAUUAUUUCAAGACUAAAUGACAUAGAAAGCCAAGAAUUCGUGUGCGCUUUGGUGAAAUUCACGAAGAAAAUAAAAAUAAAAAAGCCUGAUUUUUUUGACUAUCUCAGCUAUCACCCUGUAUGGGAGUCUGUUACCAAUAACAAGCACAUCAUACAGAUUUUUGAAGGAAAAGACUAUGUUUUUGAUGGUGAUAUCCCAAUUAGUGGAAUUUCAAAUCAGAAAAAUUUGCAGAGAUCCAGCGGAGCUCAAGAAUAUGAUACAGAAUUAUCCAAUAUUUGUAUCGAAAAUGGUUUAACUUAUCAUUUAUCGUAUGAAGAAGCUUAUAAUUUAAAAGAAAAAAACAUUUAUCACUGCCAUAUGGAAUUUCCUAACAGACAUAUUAUUAGCGGGGUAGGGACCACGAAAGAAUUGGCAAGAAGAGAUGCUACAUUAUCAGCAAUCUCGACAAUAAGAGAAAAUACAGUGAUGAAAAAAGAUCUGAAUAUUGAUGAAAACUUUCUUCCUUUCGAAGUAAAAGAAGAAUUUCAAGAAAACCAUUAA